AUGAAGCUGGUUUGGUAUCCCGAAAAAGCUUCCGCGGCUUACAUCGACACCAUAAGAUCCUGUGGUGGCCUUAACAGAGAAUCCAGUGCAGCAGAGAUGAUAUCUGCCAUGGCUGCUGGCUGGAAUGCAAAGCUAAUCGUAGAAGCAUGGUUUUCAGGUGGUGCAACCACAAAAAGUGUCGGCCUUGCUAUUGCAGCCCGCCACUCCGGUGGCAGACAUGUAUGCAUCGUAAAAGAUGAAAAGUCCAAACUAGAUUACAUCACCGCCAUGGAAGAAUAUUCCGGAGUAUCCUUGCCGGAAGUGUUGGUGGGAGAGGCAGCGGAGGUAAUCGAAACUCUCGAUGGGGUUGAUUUUCUAGUGGUGGAUGCACGGUUCAAGUACUAUACUAGGGUUUUUAGGGUUGCUAAGUUGAGCCACCGUGGUGCAGUUUUAGUUUGCAAAAAUGCUACCCAAUUAGGUAUUAAUCAUAGGAUUCAAUGGGUUAAAGUUCUUGAUAAUACAGUAAGAGUGGUUAGGUCGGUGAUUCUACCGGUGGGGAAUGGUUUAGAUAUAGCGUAUGUAUCUUGCAACGGAGGAAAGGUCGAUGGUCAGCACAGCGGUCGCCACCGGUGGAUCAGCCACGUCGAUCGGAAGUCAGGGGAGGAGCAUUUGUUCCGACGGUAA